ACAUGUAAAAUCAUUCUGUUCUCGCAACUGAAAUCAUCAAGUAUCCAAGAUGAAGUUCCUGAUCCUGAUUGCUUGUAUUUCAGUGGUUGUCCUAGCAGCAUCUACUGUCGCCUAUACUCCGAGUAGGUAUAGUCCUGAACAACGUCGACAGCAGCCAAGUUCACCUGCUCAUUACCGGACACCACCCCAACCAUCUUACAGGUCGGCCACAGCACCAGCACCAGUGAAUACCCCAAAAGAUAUUUCCGCUCUUUUGAAAGAAAAUGGUCUGACAGUCGUACUCGAUUUGAUGGCCAAAGCUGGUUUAUCAGAAACUCUUAAUGGACCAGAGCUCACCAUUUGGGCACCUACUAACGAAGCGUUCGCUGCUAGUGAGCUCAAAAAUCUCAACGAUGUUGAUCUAUUGAAGAAUGUUCUUUCCUAUCAUCUUGUCUCGUUUAAAAAUGAUCCCAAAGAAAUUUCUUCCAUCCAGUACGAACUAAGUGUUCCCACUUUGCAAGGUGAAAACGUGCGCAUCAGCGUUUAUCGUAAAAAGGGGGUGUCUUUUGCUUUCGGCGAGACUGUUACCAUCAACGGAGCUCUAGUACUGAAGACACUCAGAGCUAGCAAUGGUAUUAUCUACAUUAUCGACAGGGUUCUUGAUCCUAAGGAUUUGGCGUUCAAAAACACCCAAAUGGAAGUGUUGAGAAACACCAAGGAAUUUUCCAUCAUUUACAAAAUGUUUGAAGAUCUCGGCAUCACACUCGUCAGUGACAAAUAUCGCCCGAAAACUUUUUUCGCUCCAACCAACGCCGCUUUUGAAGCUCUUCCAGCUGGUGCUCUUGACGCUAUUUUCGCCAGCCAAGACGAAAUCGGCAAACUUAUCAACACUCACACCGCUUCUGGCACUCACUACAGUCGAGGACUCGUUUCUGGACCGGUCCCUGUCUUUUCUGGCAGCAACCUUGAUCUUGUUGUGUCUCCAAACGGCGUGACAGUUGACAAUGCCAAAAUUAUCGGCGUCGAUCUGACCAACACCGAAGGAGUUAUCCACGUCAUCGAUGCUGUCAUUCCAAACAAACCGGAAACUCCAUCAGCGAUGUGUACGGCCCCAAUCAAGAACUACUAAUUUUUACGAUAUCUAAUGCGAAUGUGAGACGGGGUGACAGUGAGCAAUGGUUAUUGUAUAAACCAUUAGCUCACCAGUCACCACAGGGUUUUAUAAAUGUGUCUUAUUUUUUUGCACUCACGAAUAAAUGAUAAUUGCAUAAA